UUUAAGCCAAACAAAAAUGUGUGAUUUAAAUGCUUUGUGGUUGGAUGUAUUAAAAAUAUUCCCAAUUCUGAGUGGAGAGAUUACUUCUCCUUUAGAGACAGUAGAAGAUGAAGUUUUUGAGAAUGUUUACCGGCAUCUCGAGAGCUUGGGAACUAUUACAACAUUAACAUCUAUUUUAAGUUUGGAAAUUGAAUCUACCAUUCGGAAUAUACUUGUCCCCAAAUUUUGGAAACACUUUACGCCUACCGAAAACGAAACACCCAAAGUCAAAUUGGAUAUACCUGUGAAUACAGCAGCGUUUUCGGAUCCAAAUGCUUUAUUCUUCACAUUUAUUUAUGCGAUUGAUGAGCUAUAUAAUAGCUAUGAAUGCCUUGAGCUAAUAAAACCUCGGCUGCUCUAUCUGAAUAAGAAGCCCCUGUCUGCGUCAAGUUUGGAAAACACCCAAAAGACGCUGCAUAAUGCAUUGUUGGCGCAGCUGCCGCCAUCGUUUAAUAAUUUUGUGGGCGAUUUUUACAGCGUUCAUUUUCGUCUAUUUACGAAGGAUUUAACUUUAUCGGUGAAUGCACUUGAUUCGGAGGUAUUUACUGAUUUACCGUGUGCUGGCUGCAAUUUCGAUCUUGACCAAUGCUGCUGCCAGAAGCUAACUGAAAUGGUGACUGCGACAAAUGUGAAGCUGUUGAAGAUGGGCUUGAUUGAUCGAUUGGCUGGCAGCGCUUUGACAGCGUUGAUCAAGUUGAAAAUCAAGGAACAUAUUAACGACACAUGCGUUGGAAUAUUCGAUAGAAGUCAUCUUAAGCAACUUGAAACGUGGAUCAACGACGUUGUUAUGACAUGGUUAACUAGCAUAUUCACUGAAUGGAAGUCGAAAGAUGAUAUAUCUCAAGAGAAUAUUCCCCAAUCGGUUCAAUCGUUUAAAGUAAAACUCACAUAUUUUAUGUAUGAAACAUUUGCACAAAAUGUGAUCAGUCAGUUCUUUAGUAUAAUUAUAGAUUAUCCGGAUUCUUCGCCGGCCAUAGAUGAUUUAAAGAUUUGUAUGGAGAAAAUCGAUAUGCGAGUCUACCUAACUGAAUCGUUGAGAAGCUCUUUAGAGGCAAGAAUUUUGCAUCCUGGUGUCAAUACUAUGGAUAUAUUGACUGGCUACGUUGCAGCAAUAAAAGCCAUACGCCAUCUAGAUAACACUGGAGUGAUAUUAGAAAUAGUCACAGCUCCUAUAAAAGAAUAUUUACGAAAACGCAACGAUACGGUUAGACGAGUUGUCACUGGCUUAACUGAAGAAGGGCCAACGGACCUCUCUGAAGAAUUAGCUAAAGGGGAAUUCAUAAAAUAUGGCAAAGAUGCUGGAAAUAAUGAAUAUAGCAAUUGGGAGAAUUGGGAGCCGGAUCCAUUUGGAAUCGAUCCCAAUGUCUUAGAGUUAAACAACUCGAAAGUGAUUCGCUCUGCAGAUAUUAUAUCCAUGGUAGUCGAUAUUUAUGGAAGUAAAGAACUAUUUAUGGUUGAAUAUCGCAAUUUGAUGGCGGAUCGUUUACUAUCACAGCUUGAUUUUAAUUCCGAAAAGGAAAUUCGAAAUCUAGAAUUGCUGAAAAUCAGAUUUGGUGAGUCACUUCUACAUAGUUGUGAAGUAAUGCUGAAAGAUGUGACUGAUUCAAAGCGCAUCAAUGCGCAUAUUCAUGGCGAUGAGAAUUCUGAUGAGAGUCCAUUGUUUGAUAUAUCGUCGCUUAUUAUAUCGGCUCAGUUUUGGCCGUCAUUCAAUAAGGAGAGCUUGCAGUUGCCUGUUGAACUUGAGAAUGAAUUUAAGAAGUUCACAAAAGCAUAUGAGUCUUAUAAGGGAAAUCGCACGCUCAAUUGGCGCACGGUGACUGGAAGAGUCAAUAUUGUGAUCGAAAUCGGUGAUAGAGUGUUGGAGAUGACUGUGCCACCAACACAGGCUGUUAUUAUUUACCAUUUUCAGAAUAAAAAUGAGUGGAGUUUGGAAGAACUAAGCAGCCUUAUAAAGGUGCCCCCAUCAGCGCUUAGACGACGCAUUAGUUUUUGGCAAAAUCAUGGCCUGAUCGCUGAAAUAGAACCGGGAGUUUUUGGCCUUUUGGAGAAAGAAACUGAGAAAACACAAUUCGAUGAUGUCAACAUUACAGAUGCGGACGAGGAAGACUUGGAAUCAGCCAUGGCUUCGGCCAGUGAUCAAAGGGAAGAGGAACUUCAAGUUUUCUGGUCUUAUAUUGUUGGCAUGCUUACAAAUUUAGAUUGUAUGCCAAUCGAUCGUAUUCAUCAAAUGCUGAAACUGUUUGCUUCGCACAGCGGAGGAGUUGAAUUCACUCAAGAUGAGCUCAAACACUUUCUGCAAAGGAAAGUGCGCGAACACAAACUUUUGUUUUCUGGUGGAGUUUAUCAGUUGGCUAAAUAAACGAUAUUUAUUUACGGUUUA